AUGUCCUAUUCGUGCGAGGAGGCGAGAGACAGGCACUGCAAUGACACAGGACAUUACGCUCCGAACUGGGAGUGCGAGAUCUGCUUUUCGGGCUUUGACUGUUACGAAAGCUGCAACUACCACGAGGUAAACGAGUGUCUCUAUUGUUCUGAAUGUCAGGAGGAGUUCUUCUGCGAAGAAGAUAUGGAAGAGCAUAUGGAGUCGAGUGAGCACGAAGAGACGGAUUACAUCACCCAGCAUCAGAACCAGAGAAGUGCCAUUCCCUACUAUCAGAACCGCCGAGGUGCUAUUUCUUUUCACCAAGGCAAAGGGGUCGUAUGCCCAUUCUGCCGGGCAAGUUAUCGAGCUGCCAGUGGCGUCGCUCAUCAUCUCGAGCGUGGUUGUUGCCCUCGUGCACCCUUGGACAGAGACACAAUGUACCAAGAAGUCAGGCGACGAGACCCAGACGGCCUCAUCACCAAUCAAUUCCUCGAAUGGGAAUGCACUAUUCACUACCAAGCGACAGAACUUGCCUACAACCCUCAUUACGGCGAAUACGAGUGUUACAUCUGCCACGACCUGUUCCGACAGUUGUCGAGCCUGAACCAGCACCUUGAAUCACCCCGACAUCAGCAAAACUUGUACCACUGCCCAAACAGAUCUUGUUACAAAGAAUUUACCACACUCGCCGGACUUGUCAACCACUUGGAAAGCGAAUCUUGCGGUUUCAUGCGGUUCCAGGCCAUUCAGAAUGGCAUGCGAGGACUUGUCUCCUCGUCUCGACGCAUCGGAUUUUAUUAG